AUGUCGGCCCGACUGGAGUCUGUGAUCGCUCUCCUGAAGAUCAAGUUCAGCAGCUUGAGUUUGAGCGACGACGCACUGCGGAAUCCGCGCAUGAUUGAAGAGAAAAUCGCUGAUGCAGUGUUCAGCAGUCUUCAACAGUACGACCAAGCGGAUGCAUUCGAGCUGGAGCAAGACGACGAAGUGUACGAAUCCAGUUAUCAGGAUAGCGAGUUCGUUCCCGUGUAUGAGGACUUCGGCCUCAAUCGAGAAUUUUUCUCGCUCGAGUACAUUUCCAAAGUUAUCACCUACGUGGAUACCCAUCCUACGCACAGCUUCGCGACUCUCCAAACGAAGUUUCGGCGAUUGGAAGAUCGGAGCUACAUCAGACGCUUCCACAAACUCGACCGAAAACUCAUGUCCGACUUCGCUGUGAGCGUAGUGCCAGUCGAUCAGAGGAUACGAUGUCUCGCAGCCCUCGAGCUUCUGCUGAUUAUGAUGCAAUACCCCGAGAUGACCCACGAGUUUGACGUUCUAACAAAAUACGCAGACAAACAUCUAUUCACCAAAGAAGAAGGAAACAAAGCUAGUCCCCUCCUUACUAUAUUCAUGGGCUACGUCGCGGCGCUACACAUCCGAGAGUUCGUGAAAGCUCAACAAAGGGAUGACGAGGUACUCCUGGAGUUUCAAGAGGCCAAUUUCGAAGAUGGCCACGUAUUCCUAGAAGUUGCGCGAUAUUAUUCAACACUCGUCGAAGAGCUCAAUUUCGAUCAGCUCCUAAAGUCCUACAUUGAUCGGAACCCGGAGCAUUUGACAGAAUUCUUGUUCUAUCACGAGGUGCUUCGUCGACGAGUGGACGCUGAUGGCAAGGUCCGGCAAUUAGCUACGAUGCGGGAGAUCAUUCAAAUUUCACCGGGGGACGGAGUGGUCCUUGAAUACGCGGAGAAUAUCCUCUCCUUGGACGAAGUCGCCUGA